UGAAAACGCCGAUUAUAAUGUUUACAAUCGGUCACGUUGGUUACACUGGUAGUUCCGGCACGGAAUCACCACCUACCACUCUCACCGUCCCGAUGGUGGCGUUGUUAUUUCUCUCGCGUCAAUUGCUUGUUCUCUACAGAGCUAAGGCCGACGGCAACUUGCAAUUUCUCAGAUACUCCGAUUUUCAUCCGUUUUAAUCCACUUACAAUGGCCAUUUGUAAAGCCCAAUCCGCUUGCGUCUACGCUGCACUCAUCUUGGCCGACGAUGAUGUCGAUGUCACGGUAAUUAUAUAAAUAUAUUUAGUAACUAUUACUGUAGGUACUUUAAUUUCUUGUGCAGCCAUUAUAAUGGUCGUUGAUAAUGGAUAAUUCUUUCAGCAUAAUAGUAACAACUCUUGUCAUUGUGAUUUUAACAGAAUUGCUAUGUCCACUUGUUAGAAUAUUAAUUUUUCCCGUUGAUUUUUAAACUAGAUGUACGAUAAUAGCCACGUGCUCUAAUCCAAAAAUUUGCUAAAAAUAUUCAAUCUUAAAAUUAUUUAUAAUUGAUCUACACUGCCCACAUCAAUAAACGUGAAUUGAUGAUAAUUUUUAUUGACUAUUCCAUAAUCAGAAUGUUGUACUAUAAUUUAUAAUAUACUAUUUGUGUGUUGAAUUUUAUAAAUUGUUUCCAUAUUAUAAGCACUACUAUAGGUGUCUUAUUUACUUAAUAAAGGAUUUCCUACAUUUCACUAAAUGAUUUAACUUUUUACCUAUUUUUUUGAAGUAAUUUGUUUUAAUAUUGUGUAGAAAAAAGUGCAUUAUCAUAUUAUCGUUAUAAUAUAUUCUUGGGUUUCUUGAUUGCGUAGUACAACUGUUGGUGGUAUCAGAUUUAUUUCUUAUUAUUUUUUUUUUUUUUUUUUGAACCUUAUGUAAUAAUUUUAUUAUUCAAUUAUUUAUAUGGCUCUAAUUGUAUUUUAAGUCUAGAUGAUGUUUUUUCAUGAAAAUAUUUUAAUUCUAAUAAUUUAUACAGGGAGAAAAAAUCCAGACAAUUUUGAAGGCCGCAAAUGUUGAAGUUGAGCCAUACUGGCCUGGUUUAUUUGCCAAAGCUUUAGAAACCACCAGUAUAAAAGAUUUAAUCACUAGCAUCGGUUCAUCUGUCGGUGCUGCACCCGCAGCUGGUGCCGCAGGUAUAAAUCAUUGUUCUUAGAUUGUACCUAAUAAAUUACUUACCAUUUUUAUGAAUAUUAUAAUUUAUUUGUUUGUUAAUUUAGCUGCUGCCCCAGCAUCUGAAGCCAAAGAGGAAAAGAAGGAAGAAAAGAAAGAAGAGAGUGAAGAAGAAGAUGAUGAUGACAUGGGCUUUGGUUAGUAUUUUAUCCUGGUUUAUUUGUAAAUUUUUUAAUUGUACAAUAAGGUGGUACUUGUGCAUUGUUUUAACUAUCUUGGAUACACAAUUGUCUUAUCUCAACAUUGCAAAUAACUAGUUUAUAAAAAAUAUUUUAUAUUAGAGGCUCUUUCAAAACUCAGCGUUACUAACUAGAUUUCAACCAGAUCCAACGUUUAUAUUACCGAUUUUUCUGAGUGAUAUUUAUUAUCAGUAGUCAAUAUUAUAACAGAAAUUUUUUUCUCUCAGUCUAUCCUGAUUUAGAUUCUUUUUAUUUGUCUUGUUUAAUUCAUAUUAAAUCACUGAGUGCUCUGGUCUUAUGAAACCGAAAGACAUUUUGGAAUAAGUAGUUAAUCUACUUCUGACAACUUUUAGUAACUCUCCAAUAUUUACUCUUAAACUUGUAUCACAUUGCUUGCACAAAUAAUUGAGUCACUAAAACUCAUUUAAAUUAUUUAUUUAUUUUAUUAUUGGUUUAUAAAAUGAAAAACAGCAGAAGUUUAUUUUCUCAAUAUUAAAAUGGUGUUGCAAUCAUGUUCCUUAAUUUAACGCAAUCAAAAUAUUUCGGUAUCCAACAACCACCUAAACAGAUUUAUUAUCAUAGUUGAAUUUUGGAAGGCAAGGUUAUAUUUUAAAGCUUUAACCAAAAUGAAUUAAAAUCAAAUUACUCAACAUUGUAAAAAUUAGGUCUUUAUAUCCGAAAAAUCUUCUUAGACAAUGGCAUAUUAAAAAACACUUGUUUGUUAAAUUCAAAACAAUAAGAUUAAAGACUUUAAUUACUAAACAACUGCUGCCAAUUAAAUACCUUCCUAUUUAAAGAAUUAUACACUUCAAUAAUAAAUUACAUUUGUGUAAAUACAAUUUUAGUUUACCAACAGUAUUUUAUCAAGUUAUUCAAAGUACUAACUUAAAUAAUAUUUUACUAGUCUAGAUUAUGAGCAAAUGCUGUUAAUACAUUGUAAGACAAUAAUUGUUGGUAGAACUUGUAUGCUUAUAAUUUUUAUAUACAUAUAUAAUAUAUUUAAAUUUCAAAAUGAAUAGAUGGUCAUAAUAAUUUGGUGGUUAGAAGCUAAAAAGGCAGCACCAAAAACCAAAUUGUUUAGGAGAGCCGAAAAACAUGAUACUUCAAAUAAAUUGUAUUGCGACCUUAGAAUGUUAGAAACGAAUCGUUUUAAGAUUUAAUAAGACACUUAAAGGGUUUUUAUACUUUAUGUAUGAAUUCCGUUUAUGUUUACGACCACAUGUUAAUACAUGAUGUUUAGGUUGGAUUAAUUUGAUAUAGGUAUCUUGCUGUUUAUAAUAAUAUACAAAAAGAUUAAUUGCAUACACACUUUACCUUUUAACCAUCAAUAUGGAAAUUUAAAAUUGUUGAUCAGUGUUGUAAUUUUUCUAAAAAUAAAGAAAACUGUUUUGUAAAUUCUUGAUAUGUAUGCAAACAACUGAUUGGCAUUGAUCCAACAUUUUUAAAUAUUAUAACAGCGUGUUGUUUUUAUUUUAAAAGUUGCACCUCAAAUAUUUAGUAAUUUAAAGACUUAUUAUUUGUCAACCAUAUAUACAAUAUUAAUGAAUAGGUAAUAUAACAAUUUGAUCAUAUGUUUCAUCUUUAACAUAGUACUUAAUGAACAAAACAAUAUUUACCUACUCUAUGGAUAUUUCAUGACUAAACUGAUUUUGGUGUUUUUUAAUUUCCAAUGAUUAUAAAUUGGCAUGUAUUAUCAUAAUUUAUUUUGCUGAUAAUAAUUUCUAAUGAGGAAAUUUGUUGUACUGUUAAAUUUCUUAUAUUAUUUAUUUAAUUUGAUUACUAUAAUUAUAUUUUAUUAUUUCCAGGUUUAUUCGAAUAAAAUCCACUUCAUUCAACAGACUGUUUCUCUUCUCAUGUGCAGAUAACAACAUUAACUUUGUUUGUUUUAUUUUAUAUAUGACUAUACAAAUUAAAUUAUAUGUUGUUAUUUAUUAUUAUUUUUGUAUGUUUUAUUUGUCUUUCCCUUAUCAGAUUUAUAUGUACAUUAGUAUUUUAUUUAAGUUCACUUUUCACUAUUUUGUGUUAAUAGAAUUAAUACUAUUGAUUUAAAUUACAUUUUUUUACAUAAAUCUGGUCUCUAGUAAUAAGGUAAUAAUAAUAGGUUUAGUGUACAAAACAUUCUUUCAGGAGUAGAAUAAAUAACUGGAAACUUAUUUAAUACUCAAACAUGGGCGUGCGCAGGAUAUUUUCCCAGGGUGUAUGCCAUAAAGAAAGCUGGCUGUUAAUCCUUGCCCUUG